CACUGUGAAGGUUAGAAGCCGCUUCUGUUUUAGGUGUUUCAAUAUCUUUCAAAACUCUAUUUAACUUUUUUUUCCUUUUUUUUUUUUAAACAUGACUUUUGAGAUUCUUGGAUAUGUGAAGCUGUUCUUGUUCCUGUCAGCAUGUUUCCAGUGCAGUUGUAUACAAGUUUCUAUUCCAGAGCCACAGUAUGAAGUUGCAAAAGGAAGCGAUAUAACUUUGCCCUGUUCCUUUUCUCCGGCCAGACCAGAUUAUGAACUGUUCAUUCUGAAAUGGGAAGUAGUUCAAGAUAACAAAGGGACUAUCGUGGCAACUUUUUAUUCUAAUUUAAAUCGAGUCGACAUAUCACCUGAUUAUGAGGGCAGGGCAUCUCUGGAUAUUGAUUCUUCUAAAUUAACGAGUGCGCUGCACUUAACGAAGGUGACAAUGGGGGACAAUGGAAACUUCCAGUGCUCUGUCCUGAUUCCUGGAGAUGACGAGGGAACAUCAGCUGCCACAACUUUUGUUUUGGUCCUAGUUCCCCCCUCAUCACCAGUCUGCAGAAUUCAGGGAAAAGCUGAAUAUUGGCAAAAUAUUACCCUGACCUGUGUGUCUGAGGAGGGAUCUCCUGUGCCACAGUAUAAGUGGAAGACCUACAGUGUUGAAAACAUCCCAAGAGCAUUUCCACCAAAGACCACUGAAAAGGAUGGUGCGUUAUCACUCCGCAACAUUUCUAGAGAAAUGUCUGGUUUCUAUGUUUGCACAUCAGCCAAUCGCAUUGGUUCCGUUAGCUGUAACCUCACUUUAGCUGUGAUGCCUGGGGGAUCAAUGAGUGGUGCUACUGUAGGUAUAAUUGGUGGUGUUGUUGGAGCUGUUUUGCUCCUUGCAAUAGUUAUCUUCUGUUGCUACAGACAAAAGAAGAAGAAGGCCAAGUACACAGAAGCGGCUCCUGGAGAAAUUGAGUUUCAUGACAGGGAUGACAUAGAGGGAUCAGAUGGAUACCAAGAAAACAAGAUUCCAAAGAAUCAUGACAUAGACAUUACUGAACAAACCCAACACAGUGAAAAGACUGGACUCGAGAAGUUAAAUGUAGACAUGGAAAGUACGGCUGGCAGUCACAGAAGUCAUAGCAACCAGGAUCGCCUUGAUAACAAUCGUGAUCACUACCGUGAUGAUCAUCGUGGCAGUCGAGAUCGCCUUGACGAUCAUCGUGGCAGUCGAGAUCGCCUUGACGACUAUCGUGGCAGUCGAGAUCGCCUUGACGACUAUCGUGGCAGUCGAGAUCGCCUUGACGAUCAUCGUGGCAGUCGAGAUCGCCUUGACGAUCAUCGUGGCAGUCGAGAUCGUCUUGACGACUAUCGUGGCAGUCGAGAUCGUCUUGACGACUAUCGUGGCAGUCGAGAUCGCCUUGACGAUCAUCGUGGUAGUCGAGAUCGCCUUGACGACUACCGUGGCAAUAGAGAGCACCAUGAUGACUAUCGAAGCAGUCGAGAUCGCCUUGAUGAGGGUAGUCAUCUUUAUGGCAGCCGUGACCAUCUUGACUACUCAGAAAGACGCCGGUAUGAAUAGUUGUGUUACUGAACAGCUUACAGAGUCACAGUAUUUGAAAAUGCAAUGAAUAUUUGGCAAA